ACCUUGGCGUGUGCAAGUCUGUGUUGCACUUUUACAAGACACAACUACUGAACGACGCUAGACUCGGGGGACUGCAGCUGGAGUGGAUGAAGGAGAGCUCCAAGCCGCGGCUCCAAAUCGAAGACGCCAUUAACACCUUUGCUGACAACAUGCAAAACACAUGCAAUGCCAUAUCUGACACGCUACAGCGGGUGGCCGCCCUGAAGAAAAUAGGCACGAGGCGCGAUAGCAUCGUAAGUUCAAAGUCCCCACUUUACAUCAGGGCUAUUGGCUAACAUUCGAUGACAGGUCCAGCGACUCCUCCAGAACCGCAACGAAGGGAUCAUGAGAGACCUCGCCCAAGUGACGCACAAAGACUCGACGACCAUGAUCAUCUUCUCUACCAUCACACUCAUCCUCCUACCCGUGUCCGUCGUAUCGACCAUCUUCUCAGCGGGCAUCGUCCGGUUCGACAGUGACACGGCAGGAUUCGCCGGCAAGUGGUCCGGGCCGGCCGCAGUAUGGUGGGCAGCAGCGACGAUUUUGGCGACCACCGCAGUCACCGUAGCCAGCAACACGUGGCGGCAAAACGCCGUCGACAAGACCAAGGCCCGCGACCGGCUGCGCGAGGCCGGCUUCUCCCCGGGCAGUCCCGCCUCUCGGACUCUCAUAUACGUGCUCAAAGCGUACCAUAACAUGAAAGAAACAGCACAGAAUUUGUACCACUCGCGCCACACCAGCCGCCGCCGACACAGCGAUGCGGAAAGCGAGAUGCACCAUUACUCACUACCGCUGCCGCGUACAGGGCUCGAUCAGGAGGCACCAGUAUUGCCGGAGGGGCAUCAACAACAGCCAGCAGACGGAGGCGAUGACAACAAUGGGAUAACAGAGGCGCCGCAGAGAGCUUUUGAUGAGGUAAAUAAUAUGGAGAGGGGUCAGGCGAGGGCGGAAGAACAAAAUGAAUGACAAGAUAAUUAAUACUUAGCAUGAAUAAGGGGGUCUGUUUGUAUCAAGACGCAAUUGUUGUUCAAGACAAGUAUCAUUUAAUUACUUCAAAAGCAACAAUGCAUGUCAUGCAUAGUCUUUCAAUAUAGGGGUGAAUAGUUUAAGGAAAAUCA